UUAGCAACUUUAGACGUACAGAGUAUUUUAGAAAAACCGGCAACUGAUGAGAUCAACAUGGAGGAUCGAAACCAUGGUCUUGCCUGAACUAAGCCGAACAAUGGCAUGUACAACACGCAACACAGUCAACAGACUUGCGCGUAAAGAGCUACAUUUGAAUCCUGUGGUACCAGAACGAUUAAAGGAGAAAUAAACCUAUACAUCGAGCUCCAGAAACAU